CAAGACUGCAACGCCAGAGAAAGGAGAGGAGAACCAUACUUCAUCGAUAGAUAGAAACAUUCCGCAGCAGUCGAACAUUUGCAACUUACUAGCUGCGGAUCUGCAGUGUUCUCCAUGCCAUAGAAGCAAAUCUCGUAAGAAGGUUGCCGUUAGUAUGCAAUGAAAUAAUUAAAUUAUCCCAAUAUGGUCGCUUAAUUGAGGAAUCCUUAGCCAUUCCUUGUAUUGGUCUCACGCAGUCUUAUUUUAAGGGGAAAAGGAGUCGAAUUCCUACUGCAAUUCUUUGGUUUCAAUGGUUUUCCACCAAACACAUAAAAACGGGGGGUAUUUCGAGCGUGGACGGGGGAUAUAAAAGCGCAACUCGUCUUCCUCGAACUUAACGAAGCAACCUGCUUGCCCACAAAGCCUAAGGUUUCAGCAUCUGCUUGUACUUCCAGACUUCUUUGAGACGCCUUUGAAAUCCAAAGUUGGAAGCAAAGCCGGAGGCUCAAGCACCAAAAAUGGUCUGUGUCUUUUGUUCUUCUGCUUCUGCUGCUUCUGCGUAGAGAGAGAGAGAGAGAGAGAGAGAGAGAGAGAGAGAGAGAACGAUACUACCAUGGCAGCGGCUGCUGACUCGUCUUCUUCAUCAAAGAGGCAUUUUGGUAUGUACCAUCUUCAGGAAACGGCAUCAGAAGCCAAAGACGCCAUCGCCGUCGUCGUUCCAGACUGUUUCCAUCACGACCACCAACUGUUCGACGCUUUCAAGGGGGACGAGGAAGAGGCGCUUGCUACGAGGCCGUUGGUGCGGAGGCAGGCGCCGAGGAAGAAGGUGGGGAAGGUGCUGAGGUCGGUCAUCAACACCGUCAUCCCCUCCAAUCGUCACCUUUCCUCAGCGGACCGCCCUUAUCUAGGAAGCAGGGUGGUCGGGACCCUCUUCGGCCACCGCAAGGGCAACGUCAGCAUCGCCUUCCAGAGCGACCCUAGCGCCACUCCGGCCCUGUUGGUGGAGCUAACCACGCCGACGGGCGGCUUGGUCCGGGAGAUGGCCUCCGGUCUGGUUAGAAUCGCUCUUGAGUGCGAAAGCCGCGGCGGCAGUCGGAAGAGCAGAGGGAGGGCGCUUCUGGAGGAGCAGGUGUGGAGGGUGUACUGUAACGGGAGGAAGAGCGGGCACGCGGUGGCGAGGGAGUGCACGGUGGGGGAUGCGAAGUUGCUGCAGGCGGUGCGGGCCAUCUCCAUGGGUGCAGGGGUGCUGCCUGGAAGUUGGGGGCCUGACGGCGAGCUCAUGUACAUGAGAGCUCGGUUCGAGAGAGUGGUUGGUUCCAGAGACUCUGAGGCCUUCUACAUGAUGAACCCAGAUGGGACGGGGGGCACUGAGCUCAGUAUCUUCCUUCUCAGGGUUUGAUUUUUCUCUUCCCUUUCUCCUUCUCCAUCCUUUCGAUCCUUUUUGGUUGGUAACAGGCGGAUGGGGAGGUGACCUUUCUAUGUGAGCUGUUUUGUAAGUUGGUUUCUGUGUCUUUUUCCUUUUCCUGGACAUCGUUGGUAGGAGUUUGCAGGAAAAAUACUGACACUCCUGCUGUGAAUCGUGAGGUAACAGAUUCACGAUAUCAAGGAAAAAAUAACUUUGCUUGAUAAUCGCAUGUCAAUACGUUUCUAAGUUAAUCCUUUAUGUGGAUGGGAAGAAAACAACUUUCUUUACAUAA